UUAGAAAUACACACGAGUUUAAGAGAAAUUUCGUUGCCACGUGCGGAUAUUUGAAAAGACAAAAGUGUCCUAUCAGCCUCUGCCCUUAACUGAAGAAAACAAUGAACACGAAUCCUUCACUGGACGACUGAAUCCGUUCCAUUCAUCCAUCUCUCAGUUCAGGCACACAGAGAAAACGAAGAGUAAGCUAUAUUAAUCAUAUCAUCCAAAAUGGGAGGAGGACCAGAGCAUGGACACGGAGCUGAGGGCGCCCAUGGGGACUUCAGGGGGAAAGUGUGGAGCAUGAGUGGAGGUCCAUACUGCAGGCCCAAGCAUUGGCGCCGUAACACUGCCAUCGCUAUGGCUAGCGUUUUCCUGAUCUGCAUCCCUAUCGCCAUGAAAUCUGCAGAGCUCGAGCAACGACCACAUCAUCCAGUUCGCCCGAUUCCAUCGCAGCUAUGGUGCAAGAACUUUGGGACGAAGGAUUACAAUGAUGUGAAUUGAGUGUAGAAGUUGAAUUGCUGUAUCUUGCAGUGUGGCAAAUCGUUUCUUGUAUCUUCAAUUGAGCAAGACUUGGUUUUAUAAUGUCUUAAUAAAGUUUAAAUCGACAAAUUUAGGAGUGGGUUGUCAUCUUGAUUAUAUUGUUAUUAAGUUAAACACUAUCUUGUUUUCUGUCACAAAGUAAUUGAACUGAUGUUCCAAAUUUUGAUAUU